AAUUGUUUAAACACCAUCAGGAUGUUCGGAUAUUAUGUGGGAAAGGUGUCCCAUCUUACCCCACAGUGUUACAUAUAACCCCAACCCCCCAUAGUUAUACAAGAGGUUGAAGUUGGAGAAUGAAGUUUUAUCAACACGUGCUGAGGACGCUAAACGUAUGUGGCCCCAACUAUGCGACAUGAUGUGCGUCAUAAUGAGGAAGAAGGCUCAGAUGCAAAUCACUGUCAAUGAAACGAGAUGCAAAAUUAUGGAAGCGCGCCACCGUGUGGUGCUGCUAGGGGACGACACAAAUCACUUGAAAGUCGACAUCUCGAAGUAUCGACGUCAAAGUUUUCUUCAAGGUUCCAGAAUUAUGGAAGAAGCCGAAGACUGGAAGAAGAAGAUAUCGGAUCAAGACGCUGUGACGUCACAAGCAAAGUCGCGGUUGAACGCGAAGGAAGAGGAAGUCGCAUAUUCCAAAAUGAGAAACGAUAAAGCGGCCUCGGUGUAUGAGGAGGCGAGAUCUAAGUUGGAAUCGCGGAAGAGCCAAGUAGAAAGUUUGGGGCGGAAAUUGGCGUCGAAACGUCGUGAAAAGAAGCAACAAGAGCAUUACGUCAUCAAGACGACAGAAGAAAUGAAAGUGACACAAAGGGAAUAUGACGAGAAAGCUGCUGAAGUGGCGCGAUUAGACGCGGAGACGAUGGCAGAAGCUAGAUCGGUGUUUAGCGAUAAUGAGGUCACAGUGGUUAGAAGGGAUACAACCAAGGAUAAGUUGGAGGAUACGAGGUUUCAAUUGAAGACCAUAACAGACGAGAGGAGGGUGCAACGGAACUUGUUGUUGGAGGCAAAUAAUUUGAUGAACAUGAUGGUGGGGGAGAGGGCGACUUGUAAAUCUGAGAAGAUGAGGUUGAAGAAGAAGUUGGUUAGUGUGAGCGAACAAAGGGAUCUAAUGGAACGAACCUUUUCCAUCAAUCUUAAUAAGUUAACUGCUGACCACGAGAGGGAGCAAGAGUUGAGGGUGAAAGCCGAAGGUGAUUGUUCGGAUUCUGUAAACGAACUUAAAGUAUGGGAAGAAGAAAACGAAAAGUUUUACAAGGACGCUUAUGACGUCAUAGAGAGGAACAGGCGAUUGAAAGAUGAAUUAGAUGCAAAGAUGAGAGAGUUACGUGAAGACUUGGAUGGUCGUGUUAUAUUGGAGGCUGGAUUGGAUCUCAAGGUAUCGGAGGAUGGGAUAAAGUUGGAGAGGAUGGUGCGGGGGUUGGUGGAUGCUGUGAGGAUGGUGGAGGAUAAUGUGGCUGUGAUGGAGGUCGACGUCAAAGAACUGCGACGACAGCGAGACGAGAUAGAACCUAACUAUUACGUCAUAGCGGAUGAUUAUGACGUAACAAGCAAGGAUUAUAAACGAAUUCGAGAUCGACUAGUUGAAUUGAACCGAGAGCGGAAGUUUAUUGUUGAAGACAUAGAACAAAAGAAGAACAUAAUAUCAGGCUUGGAGGAACCGCGUCGAAUACUUCGCGAUGAAAUACGUCAAAAGGAAACGGCAUUAUUACGUCAGAUCACGGAACAGAAAGCAGAGUUACGUCAUAGUAGCAAUGACGUGUACGAGUUGAUGAAACUUUGUGAAAAACUUCAACAACAGAACAAAAUAUUCGAGGAGUCAUGUGGCAGAAUCAGUGAUGACGUCAACGCCUACCUACGAGACAUAGAAUCAGCCAAGCGUGAAAUCCAAAACAAAAUGACGUCAUUAACCGGGCUUCGUGAGGCCCUCACGCGGUUGAUCGCAGAAGAAACACCGAUGUCAUCGGAAGCGUUCAUGCGCGACGAACGUCAUAUCCGGGAGUAUGAAGCUAUCAAGGCAUGCGCGGAGAACCGCGGGAGGAAACUAUCAUCAGCGGCUUCGAGACUUCGACAACUCGUCGAUAAGUUCGCGGUAUACGCGACUGAUGACGUCGCAACAAGUGAUGAGGAAGCGGAAACAUAAUGGUGAUCGUGACGUAACAGAGAGACGUGUGUUCGUGCAAAACAACAACCAAAGUGUUUGUGACGAAAUU